UGGCUAAUUUUAAUUAGCAAUUGGACGAACCGGAUGCACACUACGGAUACUCGUUUUUUUAUACGGCUUUGUACACUGAGUCUCCGUAUUAAAUUCAAAGCCACCAAUUUCUUGUGUUCGUUGAUCGGAUCGGAUCACCCAUGGCGGACGAGAUUGAACUCAAAACGGCUCCUGCUGAUUAUCGGUUCCCGACCACUAAUCAAACCCGACACUGCUUCACUCGCUACAUUGAGUUUCAUAGGUGCUUGGCCGUGAAGGGUGAAGAAUCUAAUGAAUGUGAAAGAUUUGCCAAAUACUAUCGUUCCCUCUGCCCGGGUGAAUGGAUUGAAAGGUGGAAUGAGCAAAGGGAGAAUGGGACUUUCCCAGGUCCUCUUUAAUUUUUAGACAGCUUGGUUGGUUCAUAUUGGGAAUGUGAAACUUAUUUUUGCUUUUUCGUUGGUUGUUGUUGAAUCCUCUGAAUUAAUCAGACGCAGUGGAGAUUCUUUUGAGUUUAUUCUUUGUUGAUAAUUAAAGUUGCUGAAGAACUUUGAAAUCCCAAAUUUUCUCAUGUCCUUUAUUUACGAUCCUGCACAGAAUUCUUUUGUGUUUUGUUUUCCUCCAACCUGGAUUGGCGUGUGAUUUUUUGUGGGGUAAUUGAAAAAAAUACCAUUUUUUGGUCUUGUCUA